AUGAGACGUAUACUCAUUGUGCUCACCACAUGUGCUUUUGCUGAUGCCAUAGGAACAAUGUUGGUUCAGGGAAGACCAGAUACGAUACGAACUCUCCGAGAUAUUGUCAGGCACUCUUCCCAUCCAUCCCAUGCACCAUCACACCUCGACGAUCGUACUCCUGAAGUUCCAACCCAACCCGAAAUUAUUAUAAAUGAAUCGAAGACGUUGUCUCCUCACCCCAAAAAGCGAAAUGUUCGAUUUAUUGGCAAAGCACGAGCACGUAGGCAUAUUGGAAAUGUUGUAGUUGAGUCAGGACAAUGUGAUCAUGUGGAUCUAAUGGACUGUUCCGAUUUUGAAACUGAUGAAAUGACAUGUAUGUUAACUGCCACUGGAAUGACUUGCUGUGUAUGUACGGGACUUCUUCGAGCAGCAAAAAGGAGUAUAUUUUGA